AUGGACAAGACAAAGUCCGGUCAUCGGUACACCACAUACAACUCACACCCAGACUUUGAAUGGGUGCCCACAGCUGAAGAUGUGACAGAACAUUGGCCGCAGACGGAGGAGUGGGAUCCAUCUUCAUUUACUGAAGGGACAAAGUCCAGCAUCCCGCGUGAACAACCCCGGAAGUCCGUUCGAAAGACCGUUUAUAUCCCCCCUGCACCCUUGUUACAUAUUUAA